UGGACAUGGUUGUGGUGCAUUUUUACAAGGAAAACGUAGCUGGUCGAGAGAUUUGUGAAGGAACCCAAUGCCCAGUGUUGGCACACUUCGCCGUUCACUGUUCAAAGGAUAGAGCCCUGUUAUCCAAAACUGUCACCUUUGGCCAAUUGUGUGAUCUGCCGUUGGUGGAGCGAGACAGCGAGAGAGGGAACUGGGCUUUUCGUCGUUGCUGUUGCUGGGAGCUUGCAUGCUGCUGAGAGACGAGAGCUAUGGCGGCUCCUGCUCUCCUGACGCCACUUCCAUCAUGCGCAGGGCUUCAGGUCGAAUUUAAUGGAGCGGGUAGCUUAUGGCGGACGUUGAAGUGCCCAAAGCUCAAGGGCACUAGGCUUCGAGUUAACACAAGAGCAAGUAUUAGGGUUGCAGAACCUGGUAGACAACAUGGACAGCAGAGAUCAAGGGUGGUUACCAAGGCCGUUCCUGUUGUUGUAUCUGCUGCUGUAACAUUGGUGGUAGUGGGGGCUGCUGUAGUGUCUAUAUUACGGAAGGAAAAGUUGCCGGUUCUACCAGAAAUCUCCAGGGUGGAAUGUGAAGAAUGUAAAGGCUCAGGAAUCUGUCCAGAAUGCAACGGGGAUGGGUUCUUGAUGAAGAACCUGUCUAAAGAUGCUGCAGCGAAGGCACGAGCUUCUGCUAAAGACGCUGCCACCCGCUACACUGCUGGGCUGGCGAAGAAGUGGAGUUACUGUGCAACAUGCUCAGGUGGUCGCGGCUGUCCGAACUGCGAAGGUCGUGGCUGGCUGUCGGAGAAGUAAUCCAGAACACGUUAUCCAGAUAUAAAAGAGAGUUCACAGACUUAGUAGCAUUAUAUUUUCUGCUGUGCACGCACGACGGCCGCGAAGAACAACACUGGAUAUGAUCAUAUCUUGUAUUAGAACACUUUCCUUCAUCUUCCGAAAACAUGCAGGCCCUGAAUCCUGCGCUUAACCUUUCUCAUGAAACCUGUUUGAAGUUUUCCUGCAAUUGGUGCAUUUUGAGAAUCCAGUUACUCAGGUCAUACUGAGAUUUCGGUCUUAGAUCAACCUCUGCCAGAUCAGAAAUAUUGGAAGUCAUCAUGAAGGAAUCUGUGGUCACUGAGCACAUUUACUGAGUGCUAUCUAGUGGAAGACAAACGCUUUGUCUAUGAACCACACCUCUGAAUUUUCAUUGUGUACCAUUUUGUCAGAAAUUGAUGAUACUGUGACAAAGUGAUUGCUGAUU